UUCGAAUCGGAUUUGAGGGGUAGAUUCGAGUUACAAAAUGGCGGCCUGGGUCCUGUUUGCUGCUGGUUCCCCUGCGGUCUGAGUGGCCUUCCCUUCCGCCCAGUGGUGACCACACAAGGGAAACGGCCCCCGGGGGACAUGGUGUUUGAGACUCCAGGCUUGCCGACCACGAAAUCCGUAGAGGCUCGCAGCGCACCGGAAGCGACCCGCCGCCGCUUCGGACGCGAUCACCGCCUGUUCCCUGCGCGCCGGCGCGCCUACGACCCAGCGAGAGCCGCGGCGGCCUCCGGAGAGGUUCAAAAAAAUGGCCAAAAGAAUCGCCGAAAAGGAACUGACAGAUAGGAAUUGGGAUCAAGAAGAUGAAGCUGAAGAGCUAGGGACCUUCUCAGUGGCCAGCGAGGAAGUCCUGAAGAACAGAGCCAUAAAGAAAGCCAAGCGCAGAAAUGUUGGAUUUGAAUCUGACAGCGGAGGUGCCUUUAAAGGCUUUAAAGGUCUGGUUGUGCCUUCUGGAGGCCCAGGGUUUUCUGGAUUUGGCGGGAAGCCUCUGGAAGGCCUGUCCAACGGCACCAGCGCAGUGAGCACUCCUGCCUUCGCCAGUGCAGGCACCAGCACCACAGUGGCGGCGGAGCCCAAGGCCACCUUCGGUUCUUUUGCUACAAAUGGCCCUGCUGCCGUGGUUGAUAAAAAAACUCCAGAUCCCAAAACGAACUGUGACAGCCAGUGGGCCCCCUCCUCCUCCGGCCUCGCCCCCCGCCAGGCCUGCCCCGGGGAUGCCUACCACAAGCAGCUGGCUGCCUUGAACUGCUCCGUGCGGGACUGGAUCGUGCAGCACGUGGACGCCAACCCCGUCUGCGACCUCACCCCGGUCUUCAAAGACUACGAGAAGUACUUAACGACGCUGGGGCGGCAAGUUGACAGCCGGGACAGCAGCACUUCUGAUGGCGAAGCUAGCAGGAUGGUGGUUGACACGCAGCCCCCUACUCUCUUUGGCACGACAAAGCUGCCGCAAGAAUCGGCUUUUUUGUUCAAUAGCAGCAAAACUGAAGAUGCGGCUGAAAAGAAGAUGGAGGCAGUGUCUGAGAAGAAGGCGGGCCCAGCCCAGGGAGCAGCAAGUGCCUCCUUCAGCUUCGGCAAGAAGAUCGAGAGUUCGGCUUUGGGCUCCGCAAGCUCUGGCCCCACAACUGGCUUCUCAUUUUCACCUGGGAACUCUAGUUUAUUUGGCAAAGAUGUCACCCACAACAAACCAGUGUCCUCACCAUUUUCUGCUAAGACAUCAGAGAGCCAAGCAGAAGGCAGCAGUGAGUGCAGAGGUGCAGAUGAAGAAGAAAAUGAUGAGCCGCCCAAGGUAGUGGUUACCGAGGUGAAGGAAGAUGACGCCUUCUACUCCAAAAAGUGUAAGCUAUUUUAUAAGAAAGAUAAUGAAUUUAAAGAGAAGGGUGUGGGCACCCUGCACUUAAAACCUAUGGCAAAUCAGAAGACGCAGCUCUUAGUGCGGGCGGAUACCAACUUAGGCAACAUACUGCUGAACGUCCUCAUCGCACCCGGCAUGCCGUGCACGCGGACGGGGAAGAACAACGUCCUGAUCGUGUGUGUCCCCAACCCCCCUCUGGACGAGAAGAACGCCAGUGCCCCCGCCACCAUGUUAAUCCGAGUGAAAACCAGCGAGGACGCAGAUGAGCUGCACAAAAUUUUACUGGAGAAAAAGGAAGCCUGAACGUGCCACGUCGGCUGAGGGAUUAUCGCCAAGUUGCUGCUGCCCCCACGCCCCUUGAGCUUCUCUUCUCCUUGACCUUCGAAGAACUUCUAGGUAACUUAAAACUUUCGUGAGGAAGACUAGGCCAAUAAAACCUUCCCAUGCUAAGUGUCAAGAGACUGUCUUCUCCCUUCUUCAGAACUGUCUAAAGUGCAAAAUACAUUUGAAAGUUUUUGGAAGAUUUUUUUAAUGUUCAUUUAUUAAACUAUCCCUAAGUGAUCUCUUAAUGGACUGCAAUCAGGGUCCCGCUGAGCCUUCCCAGAGGCUGUGUACCCGCGGGGUCUGGUCGUGCUGCCGCACACAAGGCCUUCCCACCUGGGAAAACAGCGCCACGUGGCUCUCCUCUCCUGUGGGCUCCCCGAUCUCCAACCGGCACUCUUACCAAAUGAACCACGCCGCCACGCUGUGACUGAGACAUUUCUCCCUGCGUCACUUGGUUUUGUUUCGUUCUGGAGCUCCAAGGUGGGUACUGCGUGCACCUGCUGUGCAGCGUUAGUCACUGUGCAGUCUUUGGCCUUUAACCCUUGAGCUGCUCUACUGUAAUUCAGGACCUGCCUUCAGUUGAGAAGGAAGUGCACCGCUUGUAAAGUUCUUGGGCUUUGUAGUUUCCAUCCAUGAGGUUUUGUUACUCUUUAUCCCCUGGAGAAGGGGAUUGCCAGGAAUGGGUUUCAAAGCACAAAUUUUGAUUAUUUAUAGACCAUGGACAGUAAGCCCUUAACAGGGAAAGCGAAGGGAGACAGACUGUACAUACUUCCAGAACUGUGCUGGUGGUGUUUGUUGCAGAUGAACCUUAUGGGUGUGAAAACUACAUAGGCACUUGGACUCCCACGAGCCGUGAGAGUUCACCAGGCACCAUGGAAGGAGUGGAGGAGAAGGUUGUGUAUUUUGCCUUUAAAUUUAGACACAGGAUAUUAUGCACUUGCUGUCUGAAAUACCCACUCUUUUGAAGACCUAGGUGUUUACUUGGAAGGGAGCCAUGACUAUGCAGAAUGUCCUUGUCAUUUCCCCGAAGCUCUCAGGUGACUGGCAUCACAGGAGCAGUGACCAAGUUUCCGCUUUUCCCGCGUCUUGUUGCCAUGGUAGCUGAUGCUCUGGUCAGUGCCCAGUGGCCCGCGCUUGUGUCUGCUCACUUCAGCCUGCCCUGCGUGAGACCUUGGGUGGCAGGAG